AUGAAGGCGAACGCGGAGCAGACGACGAGCGCUGAGAAGAAGACGCGAGUGCUCGAUCGCGGCGAAAGUUUCACGUUUGGCGACGUUCCCGCGGUAGACGCAGAUGAUGGACUAGAAACUCCAAUACCACAAGGUUGGGUCGAUUCUGAGCGCGAUGCGGCGAGCAACGCGUUUGAAGCUUUUCACUUGAAGGUGUUUCACCAAGGCAAAAAAACUGGCUUCCAAGACUCGAAAGAUUUCAUCGUGAAACACGGCGAUGUGGUGGCAAAUAGGUACAAAAUAAUCGAAGGCAUCGGUCGUGCGGCGUUUAGUAAAACCGUGCGAGCGCACGAUCUUCAGACGAACACACCCGUGUGCCUGAAGAUCGUGAGCAAUAACAAGGACCACGUGGACCAGGGACUAGACGAGAUCAAGCUGUUGCGAUUGAUAAACGCCAAGGAUCCGAACGACACGCACGGACUGCUGCGAAUGUUCGAUUUUUUCUAUUUCAAGGAGCAUUUGUUCAUCGUCAGCGAACUUUUGCGAGCGAAUCUGUAUGAAUUCCAAAAGUACAACGCGGAGACCGCCGAGACACCGUAUUUCACUCUCUCGCGCGUGCGUUGCAUCGCGAAGCAAGUCCUCGAAUCACUCACUUUCUUGCACAGCCUGGAUCUGAUUCACUGUGACUUGAAGCCCGAAAAUAUUCUGAUGAAGUCUUACGCCGAUUGUAGCGUGAAGCUCAUCGACUUUGGCAGCUCGUGCUUCACCACGGAUACCCUGACCAGUUACGCGCAGUCGCGCGCAUACAGGGCGCCCGAAGUCAUCAUCGGAGCCAAGUAUUCACAAAAGAUUGAUGUUUGGUCGCUCGGAUGCAUUCUUGCCGAACUUUAUAGCGGACGUAUGUUGUUUAGAAAUAGUUCCGUGCCCUCGCUGCUGGCACGCAUGGUGAGCAUCAGAGGGCCCUUCGACACCAAACUUCUCGCCAGAGGUACGCAGAGUCACAAGUACUUUACUAAGCAAGGAUUCCUGCACGAAAUCGAGGAAAUGAGCGGGACUAUGAGUAUUUUACGACCAAAGCGUACGUGUUUGAAAACGAGACUCGGCGCUAAGGACGAUGUCUUCAUUGAUUUUUUGGAAAAGUUACUAGUCGUCGACCCGGAGGCCCGUUUGAGUGCGAGCGAAGCGCUUCAACAUCCUUGGCUCAGUUGA